UCAACAGGAUUUCAGAGAUGUCCAUUUCAAGAGGUGAUCUGGAGCCGCCUCUCGAGAGUUCAGAAAUGGUUUCCUCUGAAAGCUUAAGGAGCUUGCACCCUGCUGCGAUCCGACAACUGAUUCGAACCCGGAAACUUGGGACCAGGAGCACUUCAGGAAUGGCAGAAGGAUACAAACAAGCCAAUAUUGUGAUAUUGCACAAGGGCUUGGCUGAUGAUUUUGAAAAAUUCUGCCAUGCAAACAGUGGCCCAUUGCCAUUGCUGUACAGGAGCCAACCAGGAGAAUGGAAAUGCACUAUACUAACAGACAACUCUGAUAUAAGAACAGACUGCCCUCAGUAUUGUAAAUUCCAAUAUGGAAACUUCACUGGCUACAAAUCUGAUCUACUAGAGUACACGAAAGAGAUGGAGGACAUGACAACCUUCUACCUGGGCUGUAGUUUUGCUUUUGAACAGGCAAUUUUGAAGGCGGGGGUUCCAAUAAGGAACGUUGAACAAAAACGCAAUGUGAGCAUGUAUAAGACGUCAGUGCCGUGUCGUGAGGUGGGCAGGUUUCAGUGUAACAUGGUGGUCUCCAUGAGGCCUGUCCCAGAGGGAAAACUCGACGCUGUCGCACAAGCCACCCACCCAGCAAGAGAUGUUCAUGGGGCUCCAGUUCAUAUUGGCCACCCUGGAUUAAUUGGAAUCCAGGAUCUGUCCAGACCAGACUAUGGGGAUCCAGUUCAGCCUCAUCAAGGAGACGUCCCUGUGUUCUGGGCCUGUGGGGUGACAGGGGUGGAAGCUGUACAGAGCUGCAAACCUCCUCUGGCAUUCACCCACUCUCCUGGCAGGAUGUUCAUCACUGACUGUAAAAGGAACGAGUCCAGUCCUGUUCCCAACACUGACCCGACAGAGACCGUACAGACCUUCUGCAUCUCCCAGAACCCUCUGCACUACAGUGUCGCCUCUGCUGCUGCAGUUCAGAAGAUCAGGGCCCUGGAGUGUCACAUUGGGUCUGACCCAGGUGACCGAGGUAUAAAAGCCCUGUUCAUCCAAGACGAGCUGCUGAAGGCCUCCCUCUGCAUGUCUCAUGCAGCCUCAGUUCUCAUCACUACCGGGUUCCCGACCCAUUUCAACCAGGACCCUCCAGAGGAAACUGAUGGACCUCCAGGUGCCAUCGCCAUGGCAGCCAUGCUCCAGGCCCUGAAGAAACAGGUUGCUAUAGUAACCGACCACCGGGCCUUAGAAAUGAACAAGAAGAUUAUUGAGGAUGCUGUUGAGCAAGGAAUUUUAAAUACUCCAGUACCCUUCCUCAGUUUCCAAGAUGAUAGCCAGGAUUCAGCUUUGAGAUUCCUGUGCCAUGACGGAAAUCCGAAGACACCCAGGUAUGACCACUUGGUGGCAAUAGAGUGUGCUGGCAGGGCUGCGGAUGGAAACUACUACAACAUGAGGAAAGUGAAUAUCAAACACCUGGUCAACCCCAUAGAUAAUCUGUUCACAACAGCAAGCACAAUCCCAGGCAUCAUGACAACAGGUAUCGGAGAGGGAGGCAAUGAGCUGGGGAUGGGAAAGGUGAAGGAAGCUGUGAGGAAGUGCAUGCCACGUGGGGAGCUGGUAGCUUGUGACAUUGGAGAUGACUUUGCUAUUACUGCUGGUGUUUCAAACUGGGGGGGCUAUGCGGUGUCCUGUGCUCUCUACAUCCUGAACUGCUGUCCAAUUCACGACAGAUACCUCCGGAAGGCAGUUGGGUUCCCCAGACACUCAGAGCAGGAUUCCUGGGCCUCAGCACUCCCAACAGUCACUAAGGAAAAAAAGCUGUUGGAACUCCUGGUGAAGUACGGGAUUCAGAGUGGCAAAACCGGGAAUCUGGGAAUAGAGGUGAAAGGCCUGCCUUUCUAUGACACUCACUCCGCUAUGAUCCAGCAGCUUGCCGAGAUCACACUGUAGCCAGCAGGAACAUCAUGACAAGCCCAGACACUCCCUGAUGGACUAAAAUUCCUUGUGAACUAAACUUAAUUACUGUUGUAACUGAUAGCCACAGCCUAGAGAGUGGAAAUGUGUAUUUGUUUUUGUUUCGAUGAAAGGUGUUGGUUUUCAGACACUGAAGCCUUUCCCCUACGUUUACAGUCAGGUUUGAGUAGAUCUGAUUUCUGUUUUGGUAUAGUAAUUCUUUGUAUCAGAAUCCACCUGGCAUUAUCUGUGCUUGUAUAAUCCUGUUGCCAGACCAUUUUGAGGAGACCUUUCAUCUCUACUCGAUCUGUAGUAGUAGGUGGAGGGUUGAUUUGAUCAUUUUCUCCCCGAUCAAAUUUUCGGUGUUUCCUACCCAAAGUUGGAAACAGCUGAUAUUCUCAUAUGGCCAUCGAUCACUUGUAGGCAUGGGAUAAAUAUGUGAAGCGGCGAUCCAUUAUCGAUUUUUAAAAUACAGCUGUAAUUUGAUUUCUUGUCGUUAUCAAAGAAAACAUAAAAAAUGCAUUAAUUGGUACGCCAAAAUUCAUGGCAAUUGAUCAUGUUUCACUACUGUCUUAAAACAAUGAAAUACCUGGCAGAGUUCCUAAUUACAAUCAUUGACAAAUUGUUGUGGGAGACUGCUCAAAACAGAUUUACAGCAAAUAAAACUAAUACUUCUGUAGAAAUGUCAGUAGAUUAUAAUGGCAUACAUGUAAUAAACAGUAACUACACCUAUAAUUACCUUUUUAUAUAAACAUACAUUGACAUAUACAUUAGUUAGAGUUUAUUAAAUGUAGUGUUCUGUUGAUCCGUUAUUUUAGUAAACGAUUCGACCAGUAUUUUUUUUUUGUCUAACCUUGUAUUUCCUUUAUUGGACUUGGCAAGUUGCUGCAGACAUAUUGUAACAUUGGUAAUUACUGGUCAUUGUAGCCUCAAAGUACUACCGUACAUUAGAUUGAUCAUUUCUAUAUAUUGUCAAGAUAUGAUAAA